GCUCUUGAAAUCUCCCUACGACUUAUAUGAUUAUUCUUGUUCCGUAUUUAGCCCCUUAACUUGGUUAUCAAUGCGGACCAAACUUACUAUAGCGUCUUUAGCCAGAAGCAGAUACGUAACAACCCAUUCUCACAAUUGCCAACAACCCACUCUACCUCUUCAGUUUAACUCUCUAAGCAACUAUGAUGUUUCCUCAACUAACCAAAUAUUACAUGAUCUUGUCAAGUAUGGAUCUUUAACCUCUGCACGCCACUUGUUUGAUGAAAUGCCUAAACGUGAUGUUGUUACAUGGAAUAUCAUGAUUUCUGGAUAUAGUCAUAAUGGGUUUCCAAGAAAAUCAUUGCACUUAUAUAAUAAAAUGGUUUCUAAUGGUAUUAUAGAGAAUUCAUCCACUUUCUCCUCUAUAUUGGCCAUAUCUGCUAAUGCAGGUUUGUUCAAACAAGGGGUUGAGAUUCAUAGCAGAGUUGUUGUUUUGGGAUGUAGUAUGAACUUAUAUGUUGCUAGUUCACUUGUUAAUAUGUAUAUAAAAAUGGGGUUUAUAGAUUUUGCUUUUAAAUUGUUUUACGACUUACCUAAACGAAAUUUACCGAUAUGGAACUUGGUUUUACGCGGAAUUUGUGAAUUGGGUCGGUUGAGUGAGUUCUUAAGAUUGUAUAGUGAUAUGAAGAUGGAGAAUGUCGAGCCUAAUGGGGUUACGUUUUGUUAUUUGAUUCAUGGUUGUUGUAAAGAGAGACUUGUUGAUAAGGGCAGGCAGCUGCAUUCCCAUGUGAUUAAGAAUGGAUGGUUAGAAUCAAAUAUUUUUUUAGCUAAUGUAUUGGUGGAUUUUUACUCUGCUUUUGGUAUUUUGGUUGAUGCCGAUAAAGCAUUUGAAUGUAUUCCACCUCAGGAUGUCAUUUCAUGGAAUUCAAUGGUUUCCGUUUAUGCUGCUAAUGAUUUGUUACAUGAAGCUGUUCGAGUCUUUGAAGAGAUGAGAUUGUGGGACAAACAUCCCUCUGCUAUGUCGUUUGUGGCAUUGUUAAAUUUAUCAAGUCGCGGAAAGGAACUGCUAUUUGGAAAACAAAUACAUAAUUUUGUUAUAAAAGUGGGUAUUGAUUAUGGAAGUGUCCUCAUUCAGUCAGCUUUGAUUGAUAUGUAUGGGAAAAAUGAUGACAUUCAAAGUUCAAUUGAUGUAUUCCAGUGUUCACAUGAGAGAAGUCUCGAAUGUUGUAAUUCAAUGAUGACAUCUUUGCUGCAUCUUGGUUUCCUACAAGAUGUGUUUGAGCUUUUUAGUUGGAUGGUUUGUGAAAAUAUUGUGUUUGAUGAAGUGAGUUUGUCCUCAACAAUUAAGGCAUUUUCAUUGUAUUCCUCUCCUAGCUUGGAUAACUGUUGCUUGUUGCAUUGUUGUGCAAUAAAAUCAGGUUUUGAUUCUGAUAGUAUUGUCUUAUGUUCUCUAAUUGAUGCAUAUUCAAGAUCUGGACAGAUUAGAUUCUCUCAACAGAUUUUUGAAGCACUUCCCUCACCUAAUAUUUUCGGUUUCACUUCAAUAAUUAAUGCAUAUGCUCAGAAAGGAAUGGGAUAUGAAUGCCUUGCAGUGUUUGAAGAAAUGAUCCAAAGGGGUCUAAAACCAGAUAAAGUAACAUUCUUGUGUAUACUGUUGGGAUGCAACCAUUCAGGUCUAGUCGAAGAGGGGAAAAUGAUUUUUGAUUCUAUGAGAACUAUUCAUGAUGUCUAUCCAGACAGGAGGCAUUAUUCAUGUAUGGUGGAUCUUCUAGGCCGUGCAGGUCUAGUCAAUGAGGCAGAAGAGCUGCUAAUGCAUGCUUCAUCGGAAGGAGAUUCUGUCAUGUGGAGCUCACUUUUGCGAAGUUGCAGGAUUCAUCAAAAUGAGCAUGUUGGAAGAAGAGCAGCUAAAAGGUUAAUGGAUCUUGAGCCAGAGGAUCCUUCUUUUUGGUUACAGGCCUCAAAUUUUUAUUCUGAAAUUGGAGAAUUCGAAACUGCCGUAUACAUUCGAGAGGUUGCAGUGGCGAGGAAGAUGAGCAGAGAUAUUGGCUAUAGUUUAAUUCGGGUGCAUGAGUUCCAUUAAAUAU